UAUUAUUUUUUUAAUUAAUUCCUUUUUAUGGGUACAAAAUUUACAAUGAAUUAGGAAAGAGAAAGAGAAAAGACCCAUAUAGUAUACCAAUUCAAUUCAAUUCCCCCAAAUCUACAAAUCAAACAAACCUUCAACUUUCUCACCCCUCUUUCCCUCAAAACUCUUUGCCCCCAAACCUUAAUCAAUUUUUCUAUCUAAGGUUUGGGACAUUGUUGCAAAUAAAUAACAACAAAGUCUUUGAUGGUUUCUUCCACUUUUACAUAUUAUUAUGAUGUCAGUAUUCAUUACUAGGCAUUUGAUUUCUGGAGCUUGUGAUAGUGACUUUGGCUCUGUAACGUAGAUAGAUGGUGUAGAUUAUAAGAUAGAAAGAAAAAGAGAAGAAAAAAAACUAGGUCAUUUUUAUUUGUAUUGUCAUUGACUUUUAUUUGAUGAUAUAUUUGUUGAUCAGUUGUGUGGGUGAGGUUAUGUUGUAAGGCAUGGUAUCUGCUACAAUUAGGCGAAUUGUGUCACCCUGUUGGAGGCCAUCUAUUGAGGGUGAAAAUUCUGGUGAUGCAAGUGGACGUUCCGAUGGUUUAUUAUGGUAUAAAGAUUUUGGAAGACAUUCAGAUGGUGAUUUCUCAAUGGCUGUUGUUCAAGCAAACAAUUUGUUGGAGGAUCAAUGUCAAGUUGAAUCAGGACCCAUGAGCUCAAUUGAAGGAAGUCCUCGAGGUACUUUUGUUGGUGUAUAUGACGGGCAUGGAGGUCCAGAAACUGCCCGCUUUGUCAAUGGACGUCUAUUUAAACAUAUCAAGAAGUUCACUUCAGAAAAUCAGGGAAUGUCAGCUGAUGUUAUCACUAAAGCAUUUUUGGCUACAGAAGAAGAAUUUCUUGCUCUUGUAAAGAAGCAGUGGCAACACAAACCACAGAUAGCGUCAGUUGGAUCUUGCUGUUUGGUAGGUGUAAUAUAUAGUGGGGAGCUCUAUAUUGCAAAUGCAGGAGACUCACGAGCAGUGUUAGGUAGACUGGACGAGGCUACAAAAGAGAUUAAAGCGGUUCAACUAUCCUAUGAGCACAAUGCUAGCCUGGAAUCUGUAAGAGAGGAGCUACGCUCGUUGCAUCCCAAUGAUCCACAGAUUGUAGUGAUGAAGCACACGGUCUGGCGCGUGAAGGGUCUCAUUCAGAUUUCAAGAUCCAUUGGCGACGCUUAUCUAAAGAAGAAAGAGUUUAACCAAGCACCACUGUUAACAAAAUUUCGGCUCCCAGAACCCUUUGAAACGCCUAUCCUCAAAGCUGAACCAACAAUACAAGUACAGAAACUACAACCUUGUGAUCAAUUUCUUAUAUUUGCAUCAGAUGGAUUAUGGGAGCACUUGAGCAAUCAAGAAGCUGUUGACAUUGUCCAGAGCUGUCCACGCAAUGGAGUAGCGAAGAAACUGAUCAAAGCAGCGCUUUGUGAAGCUGCAAAGAAAAGAGAAAUGAGAUAUUCAGACUUGAAAAAGAUCGACCGUGGGGUACGAAGACAUUUCCAUGAUGAUAUAACGGUUAUAGUUGUGUAUCUUGAUUCGCAUAAUCCACGUGCUCCGGCCGUUUCAAUUAAAGGAGGUGGUGAUUUUGGCAUUGGUAUUGUAAAUGGCUAAUUGGAGAGUUUUUCCACUUCGAUAUCAAUUGAAGUUCCCUAUCAUCUCUUAAAUUGGUAUUCAAAAUGUAAAUUUUCUUCUUCUCACAGUCCCAUAUACCAUUCCUGGGAUAAUAGUUUCAACUUUCAUCCUUUUCCAUCAAAUUUUUAUGUAGUGUUUGAUUCCCCCCCUUCCUUAAGGCACUAUUACAUUUGAGACUGGGACUCAUAGAAGAGCAGAUACAUGAGGUUUUUCCCAAUUUUUAUUUGAGAAAUAUCUUUACUGCACCUUUGUUCGUUAUUAUAAGUAACAAUUUGACA